AUGUCUUACAUUAAAACCGUUUCUAAUUUAGCCCAAUUCAAUGAACUUAUUGCGUCGCCAAAAUUGACAGUUGUCGAUUUUCACUCCGUAAUGUGUGGACCAUGUCAUGCGAUCGCUCCAGUAUAUCAACAAUUGAGUACUAGAUAUAGGCAUGUUAAUUUUGCAAAAGUCGAUGUUGACCAAGUCAGAGAAGUAUCGAAUAAAGAGGGUGUUACUUCAAUGCCAACUUUUAAAUUUUAUAAAAAUGGAAUCGAAAUUGCAAAAUUAACAGGUGCUAAUCCAGAAGGGCUCAGGCUUUUGGUUGAGCAACAUGCGGGAACUCCUGAAGAAAGUGGAUCAAGCAAUUUAAGCGUUCAUGGUCAUGUAAGUGAAAUAAUUUAUAAAUCCAAUAUCCAUGAAUUCAUCACACUGAAUCAAGUUGAUUGUCUUAAUCAACAAGAGAAUCAUGGCAUUAGAAAUAUCUUUAAUAAAGACAAUACAUAUUUGGAAUCUGAUGUAGAUGAACAACUUUUGAUUUCCGUACCUUUCAAUCAAGCCGUCAAAAUCCAUUCUCUAAAAAUUGUUGCGAAAGAUAUUGAACAUGCUCCAAAGACAAUCAAGAUUUACGCCAACAGAUUGAACCUUGGAUUUGAUGAGGUUGAUUCAAUUAGAGAGACACAAACCCUCGAAUUGGAUGAAACGCAUUAUGAAGAAAAUGCAAUUAUAGCUUUAAGAUUUUUAUUUGUACAAGAUAAUCUCGGAGACGAAGAGAAAACCAUCAUCAAGGAAUUGCGUUUCAUUGGGUCCCCGGUGGAAACAACCAAGAUGGAACAUUUAAAAAAAACUGAGCAAUAA